AUGCAAGUUGGGUACACUUUCGCAGUUGUCUUCGCACUUCUCAUCUGUUCAAUCUUCUCGUACAAACUUCCAGUAGAGGUGAGCUCCCUAAUAGAAAAUCCGAUGUAGAGAUUUAUAAUGUUAUCAUUUUUAGUUUGACGAGGAAUACAAUCCGGUGGUUAGCAAGAGACACUUCUACAACAAUAAUAAGUGAGUUUGAUCUAAAACUGACAAAUAUGAGAAAUGAUUUUUCAGACAAUACAAACGUGAAUUCAACGCGGAUGAUUUGACACUUCGAUUUGGCAAACGAUCAGAUGCCAUGGCAUUCUCCCCCGAUCAAUUGUCACUCAGAUUUGGCCGACGAAGAUAA